AGUUGCUGAACUCGAACAGUACGUAGUUUAUCAAGUAUCAUUUUCAUUCCAAUGGCGGGCCAGCGCGCGCCGCACCAGAAGCUAGCAUAUGCCUUGAUCUUCCUGCUGGCCAUGCGGGAGGUGACGGCGGCGCGCGACAGCUUCCAGGCCCAGAGCGUCGCGGCCGCGGUGGGCAGCGGCCUCCGCGCCGCCGACGCCGAGAACGCGCGGAGGGACGCCGUGACAGACAGCGGGGAGUUCUGGGUGCGCACCAUGUGGGCCAGGGGAGAAGCUGACUCGCUGACGUGGAAAAGCGGCUUAAUAAGCUUCCGCUUCGCCGACGGCGUCGGUCGCGAGCCGAGCAAAUAUUUGGAGGUGACUGGAAUGGAUUCCAAGUAUCGCAUCAUGCCGGAUGCAGUGGUGCUGAAUCAAAACAUCGAGGGUAUGGCCGUGCUGGGAAUCAUUGGAUGGCAGGCCUACGAUGCCAGCAAGCGCCAGUGGGGCGAGAGCCAGUACUCCAAGAAGAAGUCCCUGUUCCUCCGCACCGAGCUCAACGCAUGGGUGGGCAUGACAAAAGAUACCUUUCUGGGGCCCAAUGCAGGGCUCAGAGCCUAUCAGGCCCCCAAGGAGAAAACCGAGGAAAAGGCAAAGUUCUACUACUUGAACGAGAAAGGUGUCCAGAAGUCUGUUGAUGCGGACGACAUAAUGAUGCACACUCCAAGGCAUGAGCAGAUGUCGCUCCAAGUGCCGGGUCAGGCGGCAACCGUUCUAGCCCGACCUGACCGGGAGUUGAUGGCCCUCAUAGACGCCAUGUUGGGGGAGGCCUCCUGCAUGGGCAAGGACAGCAAGUGCGCGUUCCGCUGCUUCUACGACGUGGAGCACGAGGUCUGCGGCCCCGUGGCCUUUUGCCAGCCGGUGGCCUCCGGCGCAGCGUCUCACGUGCUGGCGCCCUUCGGCGACCAGCAGAAGUGCGCGGCUGUGGGCGGGCGAACCCACGAUGUCGCCGACCAGGUGCUCGCCUCCAGCGGCAUGGCAUCCCUGAAGACCAAGGCCCUGGACGUGGUGGACCGGCUGGCGGCCAGCGAGGCAGUGACUUGGUCCAGCUCCGGGAGGAGCUCCUUGAAGGCGUCAGUGGCGCUCUGGAUGGAGGCGGCGGACCUCCUCAACGUCUUCGAGACGUUGCCCACGCGCCUCACCCCGGAGAGCGGGAACUUCCCGUUGGCGGCCAGACGCGCCAGCGACACGGACAUGAAGCACUGGCGCCGCCGCCCCGACAAGCUCACGAUCAGCCAAUACAAUGCAGCAGCCAGCGCCCCAAUCAGCUCUGUGCGCGGCACCACUGACUACUCCGUGCCCGCGAGGUUGCACAGUGAGCUGGUGGACUUUGUGAUCAAGCGCCCUUCCAUCCUUAUGUCAUAUGUGAAGAGCGAGACACAGGAGAAGUGCCUCUUGUUGGACAAAACCGCUGCAGACAGGGCGCAGACGGAAACCUUUGUGAAGUAUUUCCUCAAAGUGCCUGGCCACAACUCUGAAGAUCUCAGAUCUGUAUCAUUGGGCUUGCCGGAGCACUGCCAAGAAUAUUUGGCUGGCAUAGACGGCUCUGAUGUGGAGAGCCUUUCGCAAGAUGCCGCUGCAGGAGAAGAAGCGCUUGGCAGCGAGCAUUCGUCUUUUGCAGAGAUUAAGUCAGUCCGAUUGUCCCGUGCUUUGAGUGAUGCCAGCCUGCUGGAGAUGGGAGCCGACGCUUCCAGUGAAGAGAGUGAAGCAGUGCGCCAAAGGUUUGUCAUCAUCGCGUCGAUCAUUGUUGGCCUGGUGUG